CCAGUCAACGUAGGGAAUACUUUCCCAUGUCUUCUUGCAUACUGUGCCAUUAUUCUAUCAAAUUUCCCCACAAUAUUAUCUCAUCUUCCUUAGCUUCUUUCAUACAAAUAACAUUAUAUUUGCACCCCCAAUUCCUCUUCUCUUCCCUUCUUUCUCCAUCCAUCCUUCAAUUAGGGCAAAUGAUCACCAUACCCUAAUUAAUUUAAGAAAGAGGAUCUCUCCCAGAGUUGGUUAAUUCAGAUAUGGCAAGGGGAGGGGGAGAUCGAGGGGGAGAGUUUAAUCAAGAUCACGCCGAGGAAAUUCCGCGAUCUACUCAAAAUAGAAAGAGGAGACUACUUCAUGAGCAUGAGCUUCAGCUCAAGUUGGAUCUUAACGAGGACGUGUAUCAUCAUGAUGUAGCUGAAGAAGAACAAGAAGAUGAUAAUGAUGAUGAAGAUAAGGGUAGCACCACAGAGGUGGUCGGAGAAAGGAGUGGCAGCAGCAACAGCAACAGCAACAACGGUGAUGAUGGCAACGACGAGGAAGAUGAAGAGGAAGAUAAUAGCAUGAAGAGGGUAGAGAGCGGUAACACGAAUGGUGAAGGGAGCAGCGAGAGAUUGGCUUCGGUGAGGCAGUACAACAGAUCCAAGACGCCGAGGUUGCGGUGGACUCCCGACCUCCAUCUCUCAUUUGUUCAUGCAGUCGAGAGACUUGGUGGCCAAGACAGAGCCACUCCAAAGUUGGUCCUUCAGAUGAUGAAUGUGAGAGGGUUGAGCAUAGCUCAUGUAAAGAGUCAUUUGCAGAUGUACAGAAGCAAGAAACUAGAUGAUUCCGGGAAAGAGAAAAUAAUCUCUUCAGUUUUAUCUCCAAUGGAUUUGCACCUGAGAAGAGGUGAUCCUAGGUUUCAUGAGACGCUAUACCACAGAGCAGCAUCGUACCAACCCUUCAGAUUAAUGGAAAAUGGUGGUGGCGGCGGCGGCUGCGGCUACUUCCCCAGCAGGAGUAGUAUCUCUAAUUUCAGCCUUAAUCUCCAACCAUCACUAAAUUACCAGCACUCACUGGAUUUAAGCACCAGAAAAUUAGGGCUUCAAGGAUGGGCAUUUAACCAGCAAACACCAACACGAGGUGGAUUAUACUUGAAGGAGCAUGGCAUUAACGAAAAGUUUGGAUCUUUCUAUGACAAACUCUUCAACAAGGAAGCCAAAGCAUUCAAUACUUCACCACAUGUGCUCAACCAGCAGAGAAGCGAGGUCGAGCAGUCACCAGUAGAAGAAAAAAUGACAAUGGAGAGGAAUCUCAUGAACAAGAUUAACGGCAGCUUUAAUUGGAUGAUCAGUAGUAGUAGCAUGCGACCACUAGCCUCCACUUCUGGUUCUAUGUUAGAAUGCAAAAGCAGUAGCCAUGCUGAUAGUAGCAUCAAGUAUCAGUUCGAUGACCUAUUUAGACUUGAGUUACAUAAGCAAGAAUUUGCAAGAAGAGAGCAAGAAGCAAAGAAGAAGAUGAGGCUGAGUAGUACAGCCCCAGCCCCAGAGUGGAGUCAUCACAACUUGCAACUAAGUUUGAGGCCGAGCUCGGGGGAUCAUGUGGAUGGAUCAGUGGGAGAUAAAAACAAGUGUGAAGAAACUGGUAAUAAGACUAGUGUGCUCUCGCUUUCCCUUUCGCUUUCGCCCUCUACGUCUUCUUCGAUGCUGCAAGAAGAUCAAGGCCGAGAUAGCAAACUUGAAAUGAUGCAGAGGGUCGGCAAGAAGGCCGGUUUGGGGCCGAGUACUUUAGAUCUGACCAUGACUAUUAAAGCAUCGGAGUGAGAUCUUUCAAGUACUUGCAUGUCUCAAAGGCCUCUAGGUAAUUAAUUAUAGAUCCAUUAAGUGUGACAAUUAAGUUUGAUGCAGCAUGAAAUUAAGGAUCGAUCGAAUAAAGGGUUUGAUCACUAGCUAGUGCAUGGUUAAUUUGAUUUGGUUGUUAUAUAGGAGGUAGCAUGGAUUAAUCCUAUCCUAUAAUGUACUGCUAUAUAUCAUCCCAAAUCAAAUUAAUUGAAGUGUUAUUCCAGUAGCUAGUCGAUCGGAGUCUAU